AUGCUCUCGUUUACUUCUCCCCCCGAUGCAAGCGGAAAACUGCGAAAGGCAGAUGGGGAGGAUGAGACUCCGGACGAGACUUUACAGAGGCCGAGCUGCCGUACUCCUGACGGCGAGGAAGACCCAAAGGAAACAGAAGCUGAUGACCAGCCGCUGGAGCAGCACCUGAACUCGCUGCACAAGACGUUGGGCCAGGCUCGGGACGACCUUCAGGUCGCUCGAGAUCACCUCGAGGUCGCUCGUGACGAGUGCCGGAGAACAGAGGAUCGGGUCAGUGAAGAGGCCAAGCAUCUCCGCGAGCAGGACGUGGUUGAGGUCCAAUCCAAGUUGAAGACCCUGCUGUCGAACCUCUUCGACCUGGAGAGGGAUCUCGAACUCCAGGAAGAGAAGCGUGAACGUGAAGACUGCGUCAAGGGGGAGAUUCAGGAUGACUUUGACAACAUCGCCAACGUUCACAAGCCCAAUGACACUGACAACUACCAGCCGGAGCAUGAGAUGGACCAGGACCACCCCUUUGUGAGUGUGAGGCUUCCCAGGUCAGGUCCCGUAACAAGAACGAUCGAGCGGGCGAUGCGACUGAUUGGGUGUGGUCGAGCUGCGGCGCGAGAGACCAAGCCUUUGUUGGGAAGUGCGGACGCCGACGAGUCUGUGGGCUUUUGA